UACGGCGCAUUCUAUGUUAGCUUCGUACAGUUGCGUGUAUAUCCAUACUGAUCAAAUAUUUACAGAUAAAAGAUGUUACACAACGACCACUAGCGAUUGGUUGAAGCUAGAAAUUAUUACAAGGGCAUCACAGCUCAUCGGUGGAUAGGAUUGAACAGCAUAAGAGACGGUAACUGGUUUCCUUUACUAAACACCGACUUGUAAAAACGAACCAGUGAAAACACCAGCCGAUUCGUGGCAACGGCGCGUUACUGAAUAACUUUGACCGAAAAAAAGACAAAAACAUGGACGGAUCAUUCACGAAACUGGGCGCGAUUUUGGUGAUUUUGGCGGGUGUUUGGAUAACGGAGGGUUCUAAGAUCCUCGCUAUAUUUCCGUACCAAGGUCAAAGCCACAACAUGAUGUUCGAGCCAAUUGUGAUUGGCUUGGCACGUGCGGGUCACUCGGUUGACGUCGUCAGUCACUUUCCCCCAAAGGAGCCGGUGGAAGGACUGAAUCACAUCAGCCUGAAAGGAACGCUGAACUUCUACGUGGACAACGUGACCGCGUCAUUCGCCAGCACAAUGAUUGGAGUUAAGGCGAUAGAUCACAUGUCCUACCAGGAACCAAACGACCUCUGCAACCUCAUGCGGCUUCCCCAGCUACAGAACGUCAUCGAAACUGACAAAAAGUACGACCUCAUGCUCACCGAGGUCUUCGGGACCAACUGCUACUUAGCGGUGGCACACAAGCUGAAGCUUCCGGUGGUCGGCGUCGUGACCAGCGCCAUGUUUCCCUGGGCUUAUGAUCCAUUUUUCGAAAGCACGCAUUCCAGCUUUAUACCAUGCCAGCUGACCACCUUCACGAAUAACAUGCGGUUCAUGGAACGCGUAGAGAAUCUGAUCACGACCCUUUACUACAAGUUCUUGUUUUAUUACUACGAAAAAAUCGUUUCUGAACCAAUAGCUAGAAAGUACAUUGAUGACUUUCCAUCCUUGGCUGAUAUCUACUACAACAUAAGUAUGGUGUUGGUGAACAGUCACUGGAGCAUCCAUGGUGCCCGACCCACGAAUCCCGCCAUCGUUGAAGUCGCUGGUCUUCACAUCGACGAAACCCAAGUUCUCACUGAGGAACUGGAGGUGUUUCUGAACUCCGCGAAGGAUGGUGUGGUGUAUUUUAGUACAGGGACAAUGCUGAAAUCCGAUAGUUUUCCUAAGGAGAAGAUACUGGCGAUUUACAACAGUUUUGCUGAACUUUCCAAUUACAAGGUUCUCUGGAAGGGAAACAUGGACAACAUGCCGGAAGGAUUGCCAACGAACGUCAAAAUGGUCCCUUGGGUUCCACAGUUUGCUGUACUUCGUCAUCCGAAAGUAAAAGCGUUCGUGACUCACGGGGGUUUAAUGGGAACCCUGGAGGCGAUUCACGCAGGAGUCCCGAUGGUUGGAAUCCCAUUUUUUGGAGACCAGAUGUUGAACGUAGGGGGAUACGCGUAUCGCGGUUUCGCCGUUCACCUGAACUACGAGACUUUGAACAAGGAAAGCUUCUCCGAAGCGUUGAAUGAAGUUCUGACGAACCCCAAGUACCAAUCGAACAUCGCACGUGUCUCACGGCUAUUUAAGGAUCGUCCGCUUUCCCCCUUGAAGAAAGCCAUUUUCUGGAUCGAAUACGUCAUCCGAAAUGGUGGCGAGAUACUCAAGUCUUCAGGGCGUCAUCUCUACUGGUUCCAGUAUUACUUGAUAGACGUCGGUCUAUUUUUAUUAACCAUAACAAUGCUAGCGUUCGUUGUUUUAUUCACGGUCUCAAGAAAAUUAACCGGGUUCAUUUGGGGAACGCAGAAUCGCAAUGUGUCAGUGAAACAAAAAACAUUCUAGUGCUGCGAGUUAGUCGAAAAGAUAUGCGGAAAAAUCGACUUGACUGAAAGUCGAUCGGUCCUUCAACUUUCCAAUGAAAUAUCAAAUUAUUGGA